AAGAAGAAGCAGAAAAAGAGCCAUUAAUAGAGAAAAAUAAAUAGAACAUUCAUGGUGGUUGUUGGGUUUCGGACGAUUUAAGUUUGGUGCUGCUCUUCACUCCACUUUUGUCUUCUUUUGUUAGGGUUUUCUUUGAUUCUUGGUGGUUCGGUUCAGACCUUCCGUUUCGUUUUCUUCCUAGAAUUCUUGUUUGUGAUGAAUUCCUUCCCCAUAUAUAUGUCUUAGAUUUUGCUUCUUCCUAGUACUGAAUCUUGGCGGAGUUCAAGUGUAAUGAUUUUGGAGUUGAUGAUGGUGCGGACAGAUGUAAUCUCCGUUAGAUCUUCAUAUUAAAAGUGUAGAUUUGUGAGAGGAGUCGCUUUCUAAUUUGGAUAUUGUAUUAGCAAGUGGGCUGUAGAGAAAUCCCAGAUGCUUUUUGUUGCAACUUGCAUCCAUACUUUGUACUUGAAGAACUUGAAGGCGGGCCCUUUCAACUUGUUUCCUUAAUCACUUACAAGAACCCUCUUCUUUCCUUAUCCGUACGCAGUAUACUGUCCUGUCCCCCCCCCCCCUCUCUCUCUCUCUCUCUCUCUAGAAUUUCACUUAUAUUAUAUAUGUGUGUGUGUGUGUGUGUGGCAACCAUAUUAUUCAUCUGAAGCGGCAGUGUUGAUUAUCCUUUUGAAGAAAAGCAGAGAUUUUCAACUUAAAUCCCACUUGGAAAUUAAGUUUCCAAGAUGAUUAAAGAUGAAGCGGUGGAGCAGGAUCUGCAUUUUGCUGCGGGAAAUGUUGAGGUGAAGAUUGAAGAUAUGGCAGCGGCGGUGGCGGCUGAUGGUGGUGUUGCAAACCCCGCUGGUUUUGAUCCCAUGGAAGAAGACCAUCAAGCAGUUGUAAUGGCUACUAUUGGUGAGAAAGAUUUAUGGCUUGAUAGGGACCAAGAACAUCUUCUUGAUGUGAAUGAUGCUUCCAUCUUCUACAAUGAUUUCCCUCCUCUCCCGGAUUUCCCUUGCAUGUCUUCCUCCUCGUCUUCUUCCUCCACUCCGGCUGCGUCUAAGCCUAUGGCCCCCUCAUCAUCUUCCUCCUCGGCCGCGUCCUCCUCGCCGGCCGCCUCUUGGGCAGUGAUGAAGUCUGAUGCCGAGGAAGAUACGGGGCGGAUGAGUUUCCAGCAGACCACGGAUGUGGAAGAGGUGAAAGUGGAGCCCGCCGCCUUAUCCUCCACCGCCUCCAUGGAGAUCCCGCCGCCGUCUGAACAUGAUGGUCUGGGCGAUGUCGAUUGCAUUGACGUGAUGGAGAAUUUCGGGUACAUGGAUCUGAUUGACACCAACGAAAUUUGGGACCCUUCUUCAGUUUUCCAAAGUGAAAACCCUCAAGAGUUCUUGGAAGACCAACAGACGGCGGCGCCGCUGCUGCUGGAAGGGUCGUCACCGCAGGACCCGAAGAUGCAGUGCCAAGACGAGAAUGAUGGGUUCAGUUUUCUGCAGGGGAACAGCGAACUUGCUAUGAUCUUCUUCGAGUGGCUGAAGCAAAAUAAGGAUUACAUUUCAGCAGAAGACAUGAGAAGCAUAAAACUCAAGCGAUCCACCAUUGAAAGUGCUUCUAAGCGUUUGGGAAGCACAAAAGAAGGUAAAAAACAGCUUCUGAAACUGAUUCUUGAGUGGGUUGAACAAUACCAGCUUCAGAAAAAGCGUAUGAGGGAAAGUGGCCUCCAAUCUCCCUAUGCCUAUCAAGAAACUGUCCAGAACUCUGAUCCUAAUCCAAACCCUAACCCUAACCCCAGCUUCAGUUACAGCCCUCUACCUCCUGAUCCUAAUGCCUGCUUUUCUUCCUCUCCCUGGAUGCCUCCAGCACCACCACCGCAUGCAUCAGAGGUCACCGCGAUGGUGGCGGCCCCACCAGCUUUCGCCCCACCGAUGGCCACCGGGUAUGGUGGCGAUCCGUAUUCGAACCCAAUUCCAGUGGCUCCUAUGAAUCAUCAAGUUGUUAAUGGGAUUCCAUAUCCGCAUGCAGCUGAAUAUCCAGUAAUGGAGCAUGCUCAAUCCUGGGUCAUAUCACCCUUCCCCAUGCAACAGCCUCAUCAGUUCAGCCAUUUUCCUGAUAAUGGCAACAUGAUUACUCAUCAACAGGCUUUGUAUGGGCAUCCCUACCAGAUUUUUGAUCCAAAUGGGGAAAGAUUGAUGAGAUUGGGCUCUUCAGCAACGAAAGAGGCUAGGAAGAAAAGAAUGGCCCGCCAGAGGCGUCUCUACUCGCACCAUCACCGCCACAGUAGCAACUCGAAUCAACACCAAAAUCAAAUGAAUGAUGCCCAUGUGGUGGGCGAGGCCAGCGAGGACGGUGAUCAGGCUGGUUCACCGGGCAAUUGGGUGUACUGGUCUCCCAGCGGUGCUGGAUCUUCACCAACUCCAGGAAGCGGUCCACCUGCGGAUGCAUCACAAGCGCAUUCCGGGGAUCGCGCCCCUGUGCAGCAGCAAAAUUAUCAGCGGCAGUCGUCUUCUGAUCGACGACAGCAGCAGGGUUGGAAAACGGAGAAGAACUUGAAGUUUUUGCUGCAGAAAGUCUUGAAGCAAAGUGACAUAGGUAAUCUCGGAAGGAUCGUGUUGCCAAAAAAAGAGGCUGAAAGCCACCUCCCGGAACUGGAAUCAAGAGAUGGAAUUUCCAUUGCCAUGGAAGACAUUGGUACUUCUCGUGUUUGGAAUAUGCGAUACAGGUUCUGGCCUAACAACAAAAGCAGAAUGUACCUUCUGGAGAACACAGGAGAUUUUGUAAGAGUCAAUGGGCUGCAAGAGGGAGAUUUCAUCAUCAUAUACUCGGACACAAAAUGUGGCAAAUAUAUGAUACGAGGAGUUAAAGUGCGGCAGCCAGGCGGAAAAUUGGAGGGGAAGAAGCCGGCAAGGAGAAACAUGCGCAACUUAUCCCUUGCUGGUAAUAGCUCGUCACUAGCACCUAUCAAACAAGCCGUGAGAUGAGAAGGAAGAGACAACAAGCCCUCAACGGAUGAAAUUGGACGAUGAUCGACUUUCCUGAUUUCUUGCCGUUCUUUAUUUACCUAAUUAUAUAUAUAUAUAGUAUUGCUUGUGAAGACCUUAAGUGCCAAAGUGUGUUAUAUACACUUGUAAGUGAGAAAAGGGCAUGUCGGCCGGCCGGGUGGUGCUCAUUUUGAUUUUCCGAUAUUAUUAUGUGUUGUCUCGUACAUAGUAUUCGAUCGGUUGUGUAUGUGUUAGUAGCUGUUUCUUGAUGAUGGUCCGCAUAGUGAUUUGCAGCCUGCAUCGACCUUGACUGCUAUGUGUUUGUAUUACUAAACAAACUGUGAUAUAUGUUGUAAUGUUAUGACAAUAAGUCCUAUGUUAAUUAAUGUGUGGGGAUGCUGUCUCAAAGUA